CCACGGGCGACGCCGGCGGCCCCCCGCGCCCCGGCCACGCUGCGCGGCCACGUCGCCUUCCGCCGCGUCUCCUUCGCCUUCCCGGCGCGCCCCGAGCGCCCGGUGCUGCAGGAUGUGUCCUUUGAGCUGCGCCCCGGCGAGGUGACGGCGCUGGCCGGGCUCAAUGGCAGCGGGAAGAGCACGUGCGCGGCGCUGCUGGCGCGGCUCUAUGAGCCGGAUGCGGGGGAGGUGCUGCUGGACGGGGCGCCGCUCCGCGAGUACCAGCACGGCUACCUGCACCGCCAGGUGGUGCUGGUGCCACAGGAGCCCGUGCUGUUCUCCGGCACCGUGCGCGACAACAUCACCUUCGGGCUGGAGGGAUGCGGGGACAAGGAGGUGACGGCGGCCGCCGCCACCGCCGGUGCCCUCGGCUUCAUCUCGGCGCUGGAGCGCGGCUUCGACACCGACCUGGGGGACCAAGGGGUGCAGCUUUCGGCGGGCGAGAAGCAGCGCGUCUCCAUCGCCCGGGCGCUCCUUCGCCGCCCCGCCGUCCUCAUCCUCGACGAGCCCACCAGCGCCCUGGCCGGCGACGGCGCGGCAGCGCUGCGGCGCUGGGUGCGGGAAUGCGGAGCCCCCACGGUGCUGCUCAUCACCCACUGCCCGCGGAUGCUGGAGGCGGCCGACCGCGUCGUGGUGCUGCGGCGCGGCGCCGUGGCGGAGGAGGGGACGCCGGACGAGCUGCGGCGGCGCCGCGGGAUCUACAGCCGACUGCUGCGGCGCCGGCGCGGCGCGGCCACCGCGGGCGAGGGGCUGUGAUUAAUAAAGCUGAAUGGGUGCGGGGAAA